AUGACUAGUCAAUCGCCGCAGCGCAAUAGGGUACCAACGAUGCAGGGUAGGGCCCACGUUCAAGAUCGUAUUACCGCUUCCGAUGAUGCUCUCGCGAUUCACUUGAAGAUCUGGGCUGUGGGCAUUUACGUUGAGAGUAUGGUAAAAUGCGCCGGGGUUGAGCGCGAUAACGCGUCGCCUCCGUGCUCCCUCCACGACCGCUCGAAUUCAAACACUACGCCCCGCGAUUCAACUCCUUCUCCCUCGUUACGUGAGAGGCAACGCGCGAUCAAGGCGCAUUCUCUGCCAGUCGUGCCCUCCGUGAGCCAAAUACUCUCCAACCAGAAUCAACAGCCGAUCUACGCACAAGGCCAACAGCCUAGCCCGACGACGUCCAAUUCCUCCCUCCAGUCACGCAGAUCUCCCCCACCGACAUCGCGGAUCUCCCCCACAACUGGCAAAAUGUCCGUUGCCACCCACCCUCGUGAGCGAUCUCCGGAUAGGAUAAGCACUCCUCCCGCUCUCGUACAUUCUCACAGCCAGCCAGUGCUUCCGCAACUCAUACCGCUUCCUCCGCCCGGGCCACAACACGCUCUUAGCCAGCCCAACGUCCUCCCGCCGACGGCUCAGAACCCAUUCCACCCACGACCGAUACCACGCGGGCCACCGCCGCCGUUCCUCACGCAGUACCAGGGCACAGAAGAGCAGUGGCAAAUGACGGAGCAGCUGAUGGCGGAGAUCGAGCGUGCGGAUCUCCAGCAGACCCAGGGCCAGUUCUCCCAUCCCGCCGGUACGUCCGGAGUUGCGUACGCUGGUGGUGCAGCAUCGAACGGGCUGGGCAUACAUCUGCUUAACACGAUGAACCCAUCAGCGAAGGACCCCGCCGUGGAGCGUGUGCGUGGGAGCGACCGCGCGAGCCCAAAGGAGCAGGACGCAAAGCGGCAGAAAGACGCGCAGCCCGCGCGCGAGAGCCCAAAGACGCGGGACCGCUCGCAGACGAUGUCCUCACUCGAAGGCCACCCCUCGACGACGCGCACACCAGAAUACCGCGGAUCACCGCAGUAUCAGACGCCGAUGGCGUCACCUGGUGAACGUACCGCUGCCUAUGGCCAGUAUAUCCAAGAAGGGCGCGAGCAUGGGGCGAGCAAGUUGAGGUACUCGCAGGGCGGCGAGAAUACGGCGCGCCGGGUGAAGCCUCCGCCAAGGGUGGACAGCACGCAGCCGCGCGAGACGAGCCCGGAGAUGUCGUCCGAGUCUGGGGAGGAGACCGCUGGUGAGGAGAGGUUUGUGGACCAUUAUGUGGGUGAGGCGGAGGCGGCUGCGGCAGUUGAGAACGGGACGUGGACUAAUGGGAAUGGAAAUGGAAAUGGGAAGGCGCAGGGUGGGGAUGAUGAUGGGGAGUGGGUGGAUGAAGAAGAUGAGUUUGAAGAGGAGGAUUUGCUCGAUCUUGAGUACCACCCGACGUAUGUCAGCAAUCCGCAGAAGAGGCGGAGACGAUUCGAUGUGCGCUGGGAGGCGCUCAAGCAAACUUUCCAGGCACUUGACCGUGAGACGGAUUCGACGUUGAUAUUGCUGGCCUCUCCUCCACAUUCAAGCAAACUGCACUCUCUAACGUCGCGCUCUAUCCGAAGAGAUGCCGGGUUGCGCAACUCGCCCAAACUCACAGCUAUGCGCAAGUCGUUCAACACUAUCGCCAUACAGCGGCGCAACGCGCGUUCAGAACGCAUCUCAUUGGUCGAGCGCCUGCUUUUAUCCUCUGGCUCAGCCUCGUCUGCCGACGGCUCGCCGGGCAGUGAGGCUCGGGAGGGUGACCUGCGCCGCGCGUUGGAUGCUGCGUUGGGCAGUCUCGAGGAGAUGGGUAGGAUCCACGACCUGCGAGAAGCGCGAUGGCGGACGGAGAUGCGGCAGAUAUCAGAAGAACGCGAUAGGGUGGAAAUGCUUCUACGGCAGACCCUAGGCCCAGUGAUUGCGAAUGGUCGGCAGUGA